AGGGAGGGAUCACCGGGAUCGGGAUCAGAACACUUCAGCCGCCGCUACAGUCUAUGGUCGACACAUAUCACCAGCUGCUUUAACGUUAUUAUUAUUUUUCUAACUGAAAAAUCGUGAACAUAACGGGGGUGCUGGAUACCGGGAGGACAGCAUGGGGGAGCACACUGCGUGUUUGCUGUUACUGGUGGCGACCUUGACGCUUUCAUCCGAGGUGCCUGCUGAUGACUCUGUGGGUUUGCUAAAUGAGCCGGCGGUGGCCAUGUUCUGUGGGAAGCUCAACAUGCACAUCAAUGUGCAGAGUGGCAAAUGGGAGUCUGACCCCUCUGGCACUAAAAGCUGCAUCGGCACCAAGGAGGGCAUCCUGCAGUACUGUCAAGAGGUGUACCCAGAGUUACAGAUCACAAAUGUUGUGGAGGCCAACCAGCCCGUCAGCAUCCAGAACUGGUGCAAGAAAGGCCGCAAGCAAUGCCGCAGUCAAACACACAUCGUGGUGCCGUACCGCUGUCUGGUUGGGGAGUUUGUGAGCGACGCCCUGCUCGUUCCUGACAAGUGCAGGUUCCUGCACCAGGAGCGCAUGGACCAGUGUGAGAGCCACCUGCACUGGCACACGGUAGCGAAAGAGUCCUGCGGAGACCGCUCCAUGAAUCUUCACGACUACGGGAUGCUGUUGCCAUGUGGAAUCGACCGUUUCCGAGGCGUGGAGUUUGUCUGCUGCCCGGCUGAGGCGGAGCAAGAUGCGGAUAGCACAGAGCUAGAAGGGGAGGAGUCAGACGUCUGGUGGGGCGGGGCUGAGACCGAUUACUCCGAUAACGGCAUGUCGCGCCCGGCAGACACAGAGCCCGCCGCUGCGCAGGACGAUGAAGACGCGGACGAAGAGGCGGACGAAGAGGCGGACGCUUUUGAACGGGAUGAGAACGGAGAUGGCGAUGAAGAUGACGAAGGGGAGGAAGAUGAAGACGUUAACGAUGAACGGGAUAGCGAUGAGCGCAACGCUAACGUCGCCAUGACAACCACCACCACCACCACCACUGAAUCAGUUGAGGAAGUCGUUCGAGCCGUUUGUUGGGCUCGUGCUGAGUCAGGCCCGUGUCAUGCCAUGCUGGAGCGUUGGUUCUUCAUACCUGAGAAGGGCCGCUGUGCUCCCUUCUUGUUUGGGGGCUGUGGGGGCAACAGGAAUAACUUUGAGUCGGAGGAGUACUGCCUAGCUGUGUGCAGCAGCUCGCUGCCCACCAUGGCCCCCAGUCCUCCAGAUGCCAUGGAUCGGUACCUUGAAUCACCUGGGGACGUCAGCGAACACUCUGAUUUCCAGAAGGCCAAGGAAAGCCUCGAGGCCAAACACCGCGAAAGAAUGUCUCAGGUGAUGAGGGAGUGGGAAGAGGCUGAGCGGCAGGCCAAGAGCCUUCCUCGUGCUGACAAGAAAGCUGUCAUCCAGCACUUCCAGGAGAAGGUGGAGGCUCUGGAGCAGGAGGCAGCAGGAGAGAGGCAGCAGCUGGUGGAGACCCACAUGGCCCGGGUGGAAGCUCUGCUAAACAGCCGCCGACGCCUGGCUCUGGAAAAUUACCUGAGUGCUCUACAGGCCAACCCUCCACGAGCUCGUCAGGUGUUGAGCCUACUGAAGAAGUAUGUCCGUGCAGAGCAGAAGGACAGGCAGCACACGCUGAAACAUUAUGAGCAUGUCCGCACAGUUGAUCCCAAGAAGGCUGCACAGAUCCGACCUCAGGUUUUGACCCACCUACGUGUGAUUGAUGAGAGGACAAAUCAGUCAUUGGGUCUGCUCUACAAAGUGCCAAGUGUGGCGAAUGAGAUCCACAGCCAAGUCUCUGUUAUCAUGCAGAGAGUUCAGGCGGAGCUGUCUCAGCAAGUCUCUUCCCUGCAGAGCGAUGGGCGGGUGGAUGGCAGGGUGAGUUACGGUAAUGACGCUCUGAUGCCUGAUCAGGCCUACAGCUCUGCUCCUAUGGACCCUGGCCUGGAGGGACUGGGCUUCAUCCACCCUGAAAGCUUCAACCAGCCCAACACAGAGAACCACGUUGAGCCUGUUGAUGCUCGUCCACUUCCUGAUAGAGGACUCCCCACACGACCUGUGUCUGCCAUGCAGCCAGAGGAGAUGCCAGAAGUGCGAAAGGAGACUGAAGAGAGGCAAAGUGCUGGCUAUGAAGUUUACCAUGAAAAACUGGUGUUUUUCGCUAAGGAUGUGGGGUCCAAUAAAGGCGCCAUUAUCGGACUUAUGGUUGGAGGGGUUGUCAUAGCAACUGUCAUCGUCAUUACCUUGGUGAUGCUGAGGAAGAAACAAUAUACUUCGAUUCAUCACGGUGUAAUUGAGGUGGAUGCAGCAGUGACACCAGAGGAGCGUCAUCUGGCCAAGAUGCAGCAGAACGGCUACGAGAAUCCCACCUACAAAUUCUUUGAGCAGAUGCAGAACUAAAGAACUGCUUCUUCAGGCGUAUCCCAAACCUAAACUCACCCUUGAAGGGUCUGUUCCAUUCAUCCCUUGCCCUCAGCCCCUGCACCUUCAGUUUCUCACCCUGUUAAGAGGCUGAUUUUCAUCAAGCUUGAAAAGUUAGGAAAAGACCAGUUUAUGUCUCAGUCCGGGGGGUUAGGGCCAAAGGACAUGGAACAAAGCCUUCUUAUUGCCUGAUCCCUUGAUUGUACAGAGCAACAUUUGAGCUUAGAUUUACCUGCAAUUGGUCAGACAAGGGUUCCCUGUUUCAAAUGCACAUUUCAGCAAAUCAAAACAAAAACUCCAUAGUGUUUGUACUGAACGCCCUGUUGAUGAUUUAUAUGAAAUCACCGCAGUACUGCACUCACAGCUGAGUCCAGAAACAUGUAAACCCAAGAUUAAUUUAAGUUGAAUUCCCUGUCACUCGCUCAUCGCUCCAACUGUUCCAUCUCCCGCAGACCACUCGUCCCCGCUCUCCAAUAACAGCCGGGCUGUGUUUGAUGACAUAACAGCUCUCCAAGUAAAGCCCAAGUGUUUCAGGUUUGUUUUCCAAAAAAGGAGGAAAAACAUGAAAAAAUUAUACAUAUUCAAAAUAUGUAUACAUUGGAAAAAUACUGAAUGUUUUGUUUUUGGAUUUUUAUUUUUAUUUUUUUUAAUGUGUAAUAUAUAAAGACAGCUGUAAGUAUAUGUAGUGCAUGGCAAUAUUGAUGACAGAUACAGUAUACUUUAUGGUGAGGUCCUCUGGAGCGGUCCUCUUACUAGAUAUUUUAGCAGGAUUGUACAUUUCUAGUGUCUUCUUUGUGAUCUCGUGAUAUGAAGAAGAAAAAGAGUAUUCAGAAUCUGGUCUGCUUUGUCGUCACACAGACUUGCUUUAACUGAAUCUUGGCUCGUUUUGCUCAUCUCCAUGCUUCACUGUUGUGUUAGCUGCAUGGGCGAAAUGCUCUGUAUGUCAUAUAUGAAGUGUAAUAGUAUCCGAAAGGAAGGCGAUUUUUGUUACUGUUUGCGUUCUAUGCACUCUGUCUUGGAAGUCUGAUUAUUAUCACCAAAUAUUAUUGCUGUUAACUCACACUGCACAUUGGGUUUUUAUUAGAAUGAAGAUAUAGGUCAAACUUUAGUAGGGAGGUUUUCUGAAAAUAUAUCAUUCCAGAUUUAUCAUUCCAACGUCUCUCUUGAUUGUAAAUAUUUGGAAGAUAGAGAUCCGGCUUUCAGUGGCCAAGUUUCUUUGUCAAGCUUGACCCCCCUUUCAUGUGUUAUUCAGUGUGUCUUUCUGACCCCAUUUGUCCUGUUUAUCCUCUUUCUGGAUGUGUCAGCAAUAUUGUACAGUGCAACACUUCUAUUUGAUAAAAAAAAGACAGCACUUGUUGGGCCUACAGAGAUCAAAAGUUUUCUAGAUGGUCCCCAUCUCCUCUUCACACACAUUUCCUUCACCAAAUCUCACAAACACAUUCUAUUUUUCUACAUUUCCUGUGUAUACAUGUACAGUGCUUCUGUUCCUGUGCUGGGUAUUUCUUUGUCUGCGUAUCUGUUAAUAGUCCUCAUGAAGAGGUGAAGACUUUACCAUCAGCACCGGGAGGAUGACCGCAACUCACAUCAGCAUAGAGACACAUUUCCCUCUCCUUUAAUUAAGUUAUUAACGCCACCUCCAGUAAACAUGAAUGUGACAUGCGUAUUGUGCAUUUAUACCGUAGAGAUACAACACAUAUCACAUCUCCGCACAUGUACACACCAACUGAAGCGCUUAAUCAGGUGAAUGUUUGUAUUGAUGCUCACUGUGAGUGUCUUUGGAGACUAGUGUUCUAGAAAAAACAAAGAUGCUUUCUUCUCAUUGAUUCUGUGACCUUCCUCUGUGUAGUUAAAUGGACCAUUUGCUUAGAGUAAGAAAAAAAGCUUUCUACACCCACUAUACCAUUAAUAAAAUUUUGAAUGUAACUU